UCCAGUUCAGCCGCAUCAAAGACUUAGGAGCAAUGGCACAGUUUUCAGUCUUGUCUGUGUUGUUUGUCGCUCUACCUAUUUGUUUCUCAAUGUACUAUGACGGAGAGGAAUUUCUCGAAAGGGACCCCAAGGACCUAAGAGGCUCGGAAUACGACCGACCAGUAUACGCUAUCUUCACUUCAGCCGAAGAAUAUGAUAAAUAUACAUCUUUACUGGAAGAUGGAGGUAUUCGUGCACUAGAUUCUGAAGAAGUAUCUGCACCAGAGCUGAAGGUGAUUAUAUCCGAUGGGGACCUGCACCAGGGGCUGCGCGUCGCUGGAUUCCUUAGUAACAUCUAUCCAUCACUGGCGGCAAUGGUAACUAUGUUUGUGACGUCCGCGCUGAAGAUCCCGUGGAUGCUGCUUGGUGGAGGAUCUAACAGCACUACAACCACCACCGCGGCGCCGGCAACCAAACAGGAAAAAGCACGAGUAGCCCGAUACAUCCCCUACACUGACGUUGGUGACUACAGUGAGGAAAGCGAAGUCCGCAGCCUACCCAUAGACCCCCUGCCCUUGCCAAGCACCUCCAAUACGAAUCACUUUAACACACUCGUAGAUGUUCUUCUAGGUGACUACCCCCACAGAACACACACAAAAAUGCCCUUACCAAGCACCUCGGAUAAGAACCACCAUACCUCACUCCUAGAUGUCGUUCUAGGCGACCACCCCUCCAGAACACGCACAAAAAUAUACCAUCUUCCAGCAGCAGACGGUGACUUCCAUUUUGUUACAAAAGUGGAACCACAAUCAUCAUAUAAUACAUAUGACGCACCUGCUCGUCAACCAGUAAGUGUCGCUGUACCAGUAUUGUUUCUUGUACCUUACCCAUUUCCAUACCCCGUUGUCGUUCACUUACACUCAGAGCCCGGAAAGGAUAUGAGUCAACAAAUAGAUAAUAACUUCCCUGUGAGAGUAGCUAUUGUUACAGAAAAAAAUGAAACUACGCCAGCUGACAGUGAUUCCAAGAAGGAAAACGUAGCUCUUAACGUAACUACUCCAGCUCACAAAGCAAGCUAGGAUGACCGCUCUGUAAUUUAGUUAGCAUCUACUUCUUAUACAUGAAAUAGUUAAAAUAUUUUAUUAAUUGACAUAUUUCAAUUCUGUUUAUGAGGAUUAGGUAUGUCAAAGGUUGUAUUAAAGUGGGCUCUGUUGGAUAAUAGUAAUGAAACGAAAUAUGAGCUAGAGAAAAUAAAUAAAGAAAUGGUUCUGAAAUAAUGAAACAUUUUAUAGAAAGUAUCGUACAACUAACAUUAUGCCCCAGUAAAUGUUUUAAGGGUGUUGUUGUUAUGAAAUUUCCUUUAUGCUACACAAUUACCGUAGAGAACUUACGUUAACAUCUGAGUUACUAAUUGAAGUGCUUCGUUCAUUAUAAGAAUGUUUUCAGAGUGAAUACAACAGUCUCUACUUGCAUUUCUAUUGCAAUAUUCGUAUGUAAUUGUUGACUGAAUAAAUAAAAAUAUAGAUUUUUAAA